GCUUCUUCAAAAUGGCGGCCUCUAAGGACGGUUGUGGUGUGGGAGAAGUGGCCGUGGGGAACGGGAGGCGACUCCACCUGGGGAUUCCUGAAGCGGUUUUUGUGAUGUAGAUUCCUUCAUGAAACAGCCUGGGAAUGAGACUGCAGAUAUUGUACUGAAGAAGCUGGAUGAACAGUACCAGAAGUAUAAGUUUAUGGAACUCAACCUUGCGCAAAAGAAAAGGAGGCUAAAAGGCCAGAUUCCUGAAAUUAAGCAGACUUUAGAAAUUCUAAAAUAUAUGCAGAAGAAAAAAGAGUCCACCAGUUCACUGGAGACCAGGUUCUUAUUGGCAGAUAACCUGUAUUGCAAAGCUUCAGUUCCUCCUACCGAUAAAGUGUGUCUGUGGUUGGGGGCGAACGUAAUGCUUGAAUAUGAUAUUGAUGAAGCUCAGGCAUUGUUGGAAAAGAAUUUAUUGACGGCCACAAAGAAUCUUGAUUCUCUUGAGGAAGACCUCGACUUUCUUCGAGAUCAGUUUACUACCAUGGAAGUCAAUAUGGCCAGAGUUUAUAAUUGGGAUGUUAAGAGAAGAAACAAAGAUGAUUCUACCAAGAACAAAGCAUAAAGAUGGCAGUUAAAAAUGUGGUUAAGCUUUCCAAACAUGUUUAUGCUUAAAAGUUGACAUAACUUUAAAUGAUUUUUAACAGCAAGAAUAAUUAAAACUUUAAAAACAGA